AUGGAAGUCGACGAUGACCGAAGAUCAGUUUUAAAAGGAGUUUAAAAAAAAGGCACAGGACGGUUUCUGGAAGAUAAGGAUAACGGAAUUUUCGUGUAAAUGUACAACUGGUAUUGAUGGUACAGCUGAUUGACAGUAAGCUCCCUUUAUUUUGAGCAUAUUUGCUGCACAUGAACAGAAGCUUACUUACAGGUAAAUUACUGAAAUUACUACAUGUACAUGCAUGUUCAAGAUCAAAAGGUUAUUUUGAAUUAUUUUUAUUUGAUCUGGUUUUGUCUCUAGCUAGAGUAAAUGAUAAAUGUAGGAAUAAUCUGACUUGAACAAGGCUAUAAUUAUUAACUAAAUCGUCUUCUGAUUCUGAAUAAUUCUUCUGAUGCAAGCUUUUUAGUCGAUUACACCGUUUUAAACCAUUAAGACUGGUGUGAUAAUAGGAAUGAAUUUUGUUAUAACUGAUUAAGAAACUAACUUUUAAGUAAACAACAUCAGGUUUAAGUGUAGAACAGCUGUCUUGUGACUGUUAGUCAGUUAUUGUCUAUACAAGUACCUAAAAGGUUGCUGAUAUUAUGUCCACAUGAGAAACUGAACCUGAAGAAAGGUAAAUCACAGCAUAAACUCACCAUCUGCUCUCUCGUCCCAAAAUGCAGAUAUAAUCCUUGAAUUACCCAACAGCUGACUUUACAACACUGUAGCUGUUUGAAUGACUCAAGUGAUCAUCCUUGCUACUGUCUACUUGAUAGGGGUGUCACCAUUGGAGAGGCCCUCUUAGUGUGGUAUGUAUAUCCAUCCCUCGUCUGAAUUUCAAAUAUGGCCGUUUUGCGUUUUGAGGAGGAGGCCAUGUCCCUCUAGGUAUUUAUCCAUCUUUACGUUGUUUGUUUCCAUUUCAUCUACACUUUAUGUUGCUGUUUCCAGGUCAUGUUGCUUGAUGGUAUUUUUUCCUAACAGAGCCUCAUUGGACUCCUGACCUAACAGGGGAGUAGUGGCACUGACACCCCCAUGUACACUGUACCUCAUGCUUAGUCAGGUGAAAAGAGCAUGUUGAGCUCUCUUCUGGCUCAAAUAGCCUGAACGUCACAGUACCUAAAGUACCUAACUUCCUAAAGUCCCCUUUCCUGGGUUUUUGAGUCAUUCAGACAUGACAUUGGCCAGUUCUGUUUUCCUCGGAUGAAGCCUUGCAAAUCGACGGACUAUUAACCUCUUGAUUUCACCUUUUUCUAUUAUAAAAAAUAUAUUUAUUAUGAAAAAUCUGACUGAUUUCAGUAAAACAGUGGAAAUCAGUGUGGAUCCAUGCCUGUAUUUGGUGGUGUUUAUUCUCUUCUGGCUCAAAUAGCCUGAACUUCGUGGUACCUAUCUUGCCUGUCUACCAACCUGACAUUACAAUAGUUGUUGAAUGCCUUUUCUAUUUUAUUUCAGAUUUAGCAUUUAAAAAUGCAUUGAAUAAAAUCAUGGUCAAUGAGAAACAAACAAACAGUAUGGAGAAUGGUUCUUGUCAGACUUCACACGACCAGGCUUGCGAUUUGGGUGGGGACACUUUUCAAGUGAGUAACCUUUGCUACAUUCUGCAGAGUCGCUUCAACAGCUAGUAAUGAGUAGCCUGCUCCCCAACUGAUGGUAUUAAAAAAUACAUUGUAAAAGUAACCAAUAACUUCGUCCCAUACUGUUCUAGAUAUGUGAGUGUUUCUUUUAACACCCUAGUAUUAAAAUAAUUUCUUUAUAUAUGGGUGAAGGAGAUGUUGAUUUCAAGUGGGUUAUCAUUUUCUCUUUUCCUGUUUCCACUAAAUAUUGUAAAAACCAGUGGAUAAGCUGCACUCAUAAGUAAUCCAUACUCCAAGUUUAGAAGUUUGAAUGAUGGCAGAGUUAGAAAAAAGUUUAAGUCUUUUUCAGUGAAUGUAAGCUAUCUCUGUGUAUCAAUGAUUCCACUCUGUAAUAAUAAUAAUAACAAUAAUAAUAAUAAUAAUAAUAAUAAUAAUAAAGGUCUCUAUUAAACACUAGAUAAACAACAGAUGUGUUAAGUUACAAUGAUACAAAUUUAGUCGUACAGAUAAUUAAUUAACUAAGUAGGUAACUAACUAACUUACUAGAGAAAAAAACAUCUAUUUACAAAUUAAAGUUCUCUUGAAAUGCUCAGUUCAAACAGGUGGAAGAAUAUAGUUAUGGCGCUUCUUAUGUAACAUAACCAUAGUUCGCUCCGGUGGCAGUAGGUCAUCCAAAGCUGUUGUUGAAUUGCUGUCGGUGAUCUUGUCCCAUAACUUCUUAUCUUUCAGGGCAAUAACAUUUUCAAUUAAAAAAAAAAGUUCUAUCUUAGGCAUGGAUCUAGGAUAAAUACUGACCGAUUUGCUAAAUGAGGGCCAAAGGUGCAAGCUUCUAGGGGACCUGGUGGCAUGCUCUUCCACGAAAUGGUUUUAACUUCCUAAAGUCCCCUUUCCUGGGUUUUUGAGUCAUUCAGACAUGACAUUGGCCAGUUCUGUUCUCCUCAGAUGAAGCCUUGCAAAUCGGCAGACUAUUUAACCUCUUGAUUUCAACUUGGAAAGUUUUUUCUUUUAAAAAAUAUAUUUAUAUAUUUUUAUAUGCGGAUCCAUGCCUGUAUUUGGUGGUGUUUUUAUUCAAGAUUACACUCAGAAGGAAAGCUGUUUGUUGAGACCUUUUGCUAAUCCAUACUUUCCCCUAAAGUGGGAAUUCAUUGGAACUUCCUGUAUUGGCAGUAACAGAGUGAAGCAGUGUCCAAAAUAAGCCAUUUCCGAGUUCCUUCGGGCCUCUGUAUCAAAACGAGGUUAAGUGCUCAGCCUUUGAUAUGAAAAUGACUUUUCAUUCUCAUGCAAAUAAAACUCAUUUCACAAAAAGGUUGAGCACUUGGCCUCAUUUUGAAAGUGAGAGUUUUAGGAACUCAGAAAUGGCCUACUGAAAAGCUGUUUAUCAUACGGUUGAUAUGGGUUGAAGGUGAAGUGAAUGCUACGUCUUAAAAACAAACUUUGUUUUGACAGAUAGGCUUUAUAUUCUUCAAAUCAAAAUCAAGUUAAAACAAGUGAAAGAACUGAUUUUAAUAAUAAGGACAGUUAGUUGGGAAUUUUCUACUUUUGCUUUUCCACAAACCACCAUUUUUGAAUCUUGGGGCAUCAUUUGACUGCUGCCACCGAUACAUUGUACAAAUUAAUGUUGCUUCUUGACAAUACUGGGCACAACUGAUGUAUUAUCAAUUCAAAAUAUCAGCAUGCAGAAAAUCGAGGGCAGAGCGGUUCUGGCAGCAUGCAGAAAAUUGAAGAGCAACGACAUUGAUGGGUCCAGUGGGGGGGGGGGGGGGGGGGGGGGGGUGUUUAAAAAAUUAUUUUUUUUUUAGAGUAUAAUGAGGGAAAAAUUGUUAUUAUAUAAAAAAAAAAAACAGACAGAGAAAAAAGGGGGGGGGGGGUGUGGGGGGACAGAAAAAAAAAAGAGGGGAGAAGAGAGUGGGGGGGGGGGGGGGGGGGGGGGGGGGGGGGGUGAGGGUUACUGACCCCCUAGGCCCCUCCCAUCAAUAGGCCUAUCAGAUCAUACUUACUUUUUACUACUUAACAAAGUGCUUUGACUUUUGAACUUAAUUUUCCAUCUCAAGGUGGUUAGCAGUGAAUUACCUCUUACUUUAAAAAAAAAAAAAAUUAAGGAUGGACAGAUCUUUCCAUGGGCACCUCAUUUUAGAAACUAUGACCAAUCCUGUCAGAGUUACACACAAAAUCCCUUCAAACAGUUUUGAGAAAAUACACUGCCAUUUUCUCGGUUCACGUUGCUACUCUUACUAUGUUAAAUUUACCCCUUUCCAGGAAAGUUAGCCAGCUACAAUUCCAUAGGAAAGAAAGACAAUUAAGUGUGCAAGAAAACUAGACACAAAAAGAAAGGCAAAGGAAAGAAAGAGAGCAAGAACAAAAUUUCGGCUUAUGCAUGUGCGCCAACAACAAAAUUGGAGCGUAAUAGGCCACUUGCACUAAGAGGUCACUUGACCAAUGCUUCCUUUAAACAAUGAGUUGGAAUCCUGCUGAUGCCAAAAAUUGAUGGAGCACAUAGAAAUUAUCUUACACCCGAAAUUUGAGAGAAAACGCAUUUAAGGGAGAUAUUUUAUGGCACUCUUAUUUUUCAACAAAGUAGUAUGAUUUGUACUGGCCACCAUGUUGGAGGGCAUACUCUUGCCUUCCAACAUGGCGGUCAAAACUACUUUUUGCUUCUAUCUUGUUAAACGUUUGAUAGUUACCCUCAUAUCUGCUGAAAAUGUUUCCACAUCAUCUUUUCAACAAUUUCCUUGAAGUUUAAGUGCAAAGUUUCUGUUCAGAAAAAGGUAAUUCAUAGUUAAAAAUCACAGUUUGGUCACGUGACCAGCUAUGAACUUACUCAUUGUAAGAAAAUGGUGCGGGUUUGAAAAACUAAAUCACUAUUAUUUUGUUUAAGAUAUGACCCACUAAUGGUUAUUUGAAGGCAAAAUCAUAUAACUUUCUUUUUCAUAAGAAUGAUGUUACAUGACCUCUUAGUGCAAAUGGCUUAUUACAUCCAUUUACCAGGAAAAUAUAUCUUUAAUGGUUUUGCUACUAGCUGGCUGUCGGCCAAGGGUUAAGAUAAAACCUUCUUAGCAUUUCAUCUCUUAACCAUAAAAUACGUCAGCUAAUCACAGGCUUUUAAUCAAAGUUGCUUCUAACGAAGUUAACUAUAAAACAUAUGAAGGGCAUGUAACGGCAGAAAUUAUUAAAUAGGUAAACAUUUCAUAGCUGAGAUAGCCUAACAGGCGUUAUUUUUUCUCGUGUUCUCUGUUCUCGACUCAGAAGCUGACCGCUUCUCACUUAGGGCUAAGGACUCUUUAACUUUAAAGAAGAAAUAUGCCAGAACUAAUGUCUUGAAGUAUAGUUUUUUNAAAAUACGUCAGCUAAUCACAGGCUUUUAAUCAAAGUUGCUUCUAACGAAGUUAACUAUAAAACAUAUGAAGGGCAUGUAACGGCAGAAAUUAUUAAAUAGGUAAACAUUUCAUAGCUGAGAUAGCCUAACAGGCGUUAUUUUUUCUCGUGUUCUCUGUUCUCGACUCAGAAGCUGACCGCUUCUCACUUAGGGCUAAGGACUCUUUAACUUUAAAGAAGAAAUAUGCCAGAACUAAUGUCUUGAAGUAUAGUUUUUUUCCAUAGAAUUACUGACCAGUGGAAUCAACUACCGUUAGACAUCCGUGUUUCUGAUAAUGUAAAUAUUUUUAAGUCUAGAGUUAGGAAAUUUUUCAGUGAUUUUUAAGUAGCUUUUAUAUUUCUGUAUUUUCUGAAACUAUUAUUUUAUUGUGUUUCUAUAUAUUUCUAGGUGAUCUGUUUUUAUAUGGGGUCUAGGACUCCUUUACAGUUUAUCCUUUGGUUUUUAAUCCAUAGAUUGUAAUAAAUAAAUAAAUAAAUAAACUGAGAGCGAAGGCAAUCGCAAAGCGAGGGAGGCGCCUAAAACACGUGCGAAGGGGAAAGGCGCCCUUCGCUCGCUUCACGCUUCCCUUCGCUCUCUAAACAAAAGCCAAAAAAUAAUGCUGUUAUGCAGCCUAAGUUGAGAGAACAAGACAAGACAAGACAUUUAUUACCAUAAUAUUGCAAGUACAAUUUCUUGGCACGCAGUUAGCAAUAAAAUGCUAGUCGAGGCGUGCCAAACAGUGGACUCCAUUACUAAAAUUCUUGGAUCCAUUUCUUGAACAUAUUAUGUAUUCAUGUCCAAUUUCUAGUUCAUCGAGUCGAUCUUAGCGAAAGAAUAUGGGACAUUUUUGGAAUUCGUUUCUUAUAAGUUGAUGUCAAUUUUUUUCACAUUGGCUCCGUCUCUCCGGCAGAGAGUUGAAGUUGAAAUUGAUGUUCGGUCCUUUGGGCUGAACGGUUCCUACCUGGAAAAUCACCGUCAUUUCACGUACCUGGACAUCAGAAAUACUGAACGAAACCUCAGGAAUAGUUUUAGCGAACAUUUGCAAAGUAUACGCAACAACACUCCUGGGUGUCCUGUGGCCUAACAUUUCAACUCCACGGGUCACAGUACUUCUGAUGUUCAGGUUUGUGGUGUGACUCAAUAUCAUCCUAUCAGCUAUCAGCUACCUAUAAAGUAACUUUUUGUUCCUUGCAGGGAAACGUGGUGAUCAAGUCAGAACCAAUCGAUGAACCAAACAUGAUCUCUUUGUCAGACAUCGUAUCUGAAAUACUGAGUCAGGAGUAUCGGAGGAAUAACCAAGAUCAAACGCAUUGCACUUCGACUUGUUCCCUACCCGAUGAAGCCUCCGCUCUCGUUGCCGAAAAACGCCCUGAACAAAGUGAAAGUAAUGAGAAUGACGCAGCCACUGACGUUUCAAAGACUCUUAGAACCGAACAAAGUGAUGUGACUCGUGUGUGCACUUUUGCAAGUUCCCUAACCGAUGAAACCUCCGGACUCGCUGCUGAAAAACGCUCUAAACAUAGUGAAAGUAAUGGGAAUAACACAGCCAGUGGCACUUCAAAGACACCCAGCACAGAACAAAGUGAUGCGACUCGUCUGUUUAAAUGCUCCAAAUGUCAAAAAAGUUUCAAUAAGAAAGGAAAUCUCAAGCGACAUUUCAAUUCACACUGUAAUGAAAAACCAACUUCUAAGUGCAGUCUGUGCGGCAAGUGUUUUGUAAAGGCGUGGCAUCUGAAGGUGCAUUUUAGAAGACACACCGGCGAGAAGCGUUUCAGGUGUAAAGAAUGCAGCAGGUGUUUUGUGCAGCUCUCUACUUUGCAGAUGCAUGAGAGAGUUGUGCACGGUGGACAAAAGCCUUUCCAGUGUGACCAAUGUGACGAGGGCUUUAGGAACUCGCAACAUCUCUCAAAUCACAUAAAAGCAAAGCAUUCAGGUGAAAAGCCUUAUAAAUGCACUUACUGUAGCUUGCAAUUCAAACAGCAGUCCAACCUCAAAAUACAUGUGAGAAUACACACAGGCGAGAAACCUUUUGUAUGUAAAACAUGUGGCAAGAGUUUUACACGAGCAUCGGGGCUGACUGAUCACAAGAGACACCAUACUGGUGAAAAACCGUUCAAAUGUUCGUGGUGUGAAAAAAGGUUCGGCCAGUCACAGCACCUCAACAGGCACUUUAAGGACAAACAUAUGGGAGUAAAACCUUUCAAAUGUAACUUUUGUAAAAAGAGCUUCUCCCAGGCUUCGAAUCUUCACACGCAUAAAAGGAUACACUCGGGUGAGAGGCCUUACAGCUGCGAUGAAUGUGAAAAGAGAUUUAAGGAUCGUGCAUCCCUUCAAGCACAUAAACGAACACACACAGGCGAGAAACCUUAUAAGUGCACCCAAUGUGACAAGAGUUUCAGGCAAGCGCAACAUCUGAGGAGACACGUGAAAGUUAAACAUAGUGGAAUACGACCGCAUAAGUGUUCCCAUUGCGGAAAAUGCUUUGGGCAGGCGUCGGAUCUACAGAAACACCAAAUGACACACACUGGAGAAAAGCCCUUUCAGUGCACUGAGUGCAAAGAGUGUUUUGGAAGUGCGUCAAAUCUAGACCGGCACCUCAGAUGUCAUACAGGGGAGAAACCAUACCAUUGUCCUCAUUGUGGCAAAGAUUUUAGACAGGCAGGUCAUCUUAGCAGGCAUGUCAAAAAACAUACAGACAAAUGA